UGGCAGACGAUGCAUGCCGUGCACAUUAGCGUCGUUUGAGAAUAUAAGCCACUAAAGGAGAAUAACGGAGGCAGAGGACAUGACUGUCGUCUGGACUGCUUCUUUGGAAAGUUGGUGAUGAUAUAACGAAAGGAUACUUAGGAUAUACCAGUAUAGGAUGAUUACCUGUAAUACGACAGUAGUUGUGAUUUAUUCGGUUUGGCGGAUUGGCGAAUCAUUUCACACAAGAGCUGGCCUCAAAUGGGAUCUUAUUUAGUUAAAACGGCUUCUUCCAUCGUAGCGUGAACUUCUACUUUCCAGACCGGAACGUGUCAUUCUUGACAGUUUAAGGCAGAAUUUUAUUUACAGCUAAUAGCUUAAACGGGUUCUUCCUAAACUUAGUCGUGUUAGCUGAACGGUUGGCCAGUUAAUAAUUUGUUAAAAGCCUUCAUGUAGACAAGGUCAAUAUUGAUGCGUAAGACCAGGUGGACUCUCACAUAUGUCUUGCAUACCAGACACAAAAACGUUUGAUCCGCUACCAGAGGGAAUGAGGGCAUAAACAGGAGGAAGACCUGCAUCUAGUGCUGGGAAUUUAAUUAUAUUUUGAGGACAGAAUCCGAAGAACUGACUUCUUAUAUGACAAGAUGGGUAGAGCAAGAAACAUGGAAGGUUCUAACGAACCAAGAUGGCGGACGUCCGCGCCGCCCUACAUCGUCUGCAGAAUGUGGAGGUAACCAGGGUACCGUGCUGUACGCCGGAAGUCGCCGAGAAACCGCUCAACCGAGGUGUGUUCUUCGUCGAUCUUAGCCAACUGAGCCGGAGCAUUGACGCGGUCAUCAUGACGGAUAGGGAGAAUGGUGAAACGGGGAUAGCGCCUUAUGACCUUUACUCCAAAAGUAACCCGGGCUUGUUGAAGAUUGAUGUCACCAAUCCUAGAGAGUGGUAUAAAAAUGGUGAGAAGAUUCUGACGACUGUGUAUGAUAAAAACGCAGGUCAAAGGUCAAAUGGUAGACAAUCUCUGGAGUCUGGUGUUAGGUCCAAUGGCGGGUUAUUGUUGUUGCCCAGUGUUCAUAAUCGUAGGAAAGAGGUAAGCCCCGAACACUUGAGAAAUAAACUCGACAAAGGACGAUCUGGCGGUGCCAAGGUAUUUCCUUCUCUCAACCACGUUACUGCUGUCAGAUACACCUCCGAACCUUCUCUAAAUGCAUUGGAUAUGAAUGGGAAUACGGAUGGGGACGUGGGUAAUGUUGAUUCAUGGGCAGACAUGAAGGAAAAUGUCCCGGAUGAAGACCAAUUCUUCGAGAAACGAAACGGACUUCCGUUUCUUAAAAAUGGCGGCCAUCAUUCGAACGGGACUGUGAGCGAUUCGGAGUUUGAGGGUGUCGUGUUCUAUCACAAGAAGAGACAAACUAGUGUAGCGAGAACAGGUUACAGAAGCGGGCGAGGAAAAUCUUUGGGCAAGUCAAACAAUCUUUAUCCCAAACAAAGAAGCAUCUUACACGACACAAUCAACUUCGAGCAAUACAAACUGAAACAGAAAUCUAUUCUCAAAUUGAAAUUCCCCGAAGCAGACCCGAAUCAGAAAGCCAAACCAAGACCUUACGCGUACGGUUUUCAACAUUCUGUGCCAGUGGAGCCGGAUUACUCUCAUAUUCAGUCUAAAAUAGGCUGCUUGAUUCGGCCGCACGGGAAAACAGCGGUGCCUGAGGAGGCCAGCGCACCACUCGACGCCCCCGCGGACACCGAUGUCUCCGACUAUUCGCCGCGGGGUUACACACCAAACGUCAAGUAUAGCUUUGGGUUAGACAUCUUGAUUGGCGACGAACUGCCGGUUGCCGCCUCUACACCGUCAAUAAAAGAGGGGCAUUACGUCUACAAGGCUCCGGGUGACGGUUACUAUCAGCGUUCUAUUAGUCAUGAUGGAACGCGGACUGCCAUUGUGAAUUUAGCUCUCGGCAAAGACGUUCAGUCGACGCCGUCUGAGGCUAUGACGCGGCCAUUUCUAAAGGGACGGUACCGGCGGAGGAAAGUAGACAGUGGUUACACAAGCUCCACGCCAGCGACUGAAUAUAGCUCUUGGGAUGAACGGAGUAUACUGGAUUAUGAAACGGAUGAGGAAUCGAGGAGUAAGGGUCAUAGUCGCGCCAACGGGGCCGGGACUGCCACGUGUAGGUACGCGAACUUGAAAAGUGCUGGAAGUUUUAAGUCGAAUUUGGGCGUCAAAGACACCGAGAACGGAAACGAUUUUGAGACCAGUGGUGAUCACCAUGAGUUAGGAACAGACGUAUAUUCGCCGACUAGACUAGAUUCGCCCUCCAAAAAAUCCGUUCGGUUCUCGCACGCGGAGGCCGUCAAAGCAGACGGUCUUAUCUCCCCAUCAAAAUUAGGUCUACCGCGAACCCCCGGAACUGCGAGUGGCAGACCAAAAUCUGUGCUGAAAAAGUUCAACAAGAUUGAAGUGUUCGGUGAAAAGGGUAACAAAAAGACCAAACAUGAUGAAGAAGGUUUUCGUAAUUCAGAUAAAACCGUGGUAAAGUUGGCCAAACCUCGUUACACGCCAGCUACGAGACCACCUGUGUACAAACUUGACAGGCCUAAGUCUGUCAGCCAUGAUGACUCCUCAUCUGAAAAGUUAAAUUCCAAAUCUGGUGACGAGGAUGACGAGUACAUGACCCGGGUUGCUUGCCCAGGUUCUCCCACGGAAAGCAAGAUGGUGGAAAUCGUUGAGUCAUACAGACGGUACCUUGACCAGGGCGACUCUGAGGACCCGGCCCCAAAGAGAGCUGCUGACGCAGACGGCACCAAACUCGAUGUGAAAAUGAGUGACGCUGAGGAAAACGCCCAAACACAUUUAGGUCAAGCACAAGGCGACGUCCCCGCUGAAGCAGAAAAAACAGCAUCUGCUCCACAACAUGCGCAAAGUGUCCCCGUCGGAGUCGAAGCACGACAACAGAAUGAAGUCGAUGCCUUCUCUGGUAGCCUUCUUAGAUACAACUCCAAGGAGAGGACGAACAACGAAAAAAAUGCCGAGGCCAAAUCUGCUGAGGAGGGCCGACAGAUUGGCUUAGAACCAUCAGGAAACGGAGAAGAGGCCAGGGUGAUUGAACAAACCACCCCUGCGGUUUCGGCAAAUAAUAAAAAUCCCAAUGCAAAGGAAUGCAAUGAAAUCGUCGACGCAGCGAGGGGUAAAAAUGGCCUCGGUGUGGCUGACAUAUCGACUUCCGAUAAUGAUCAACCGGUGGCAGCUGAUCAACCGGUGGUAACUGAUCAACUGGAGACAACUGAUCAACAGAUGGUAUCUGAUCAACCGGUGGUAUCUGUUGAUGAAGGGAAGACAACUGGGCAGGCUGAACUGACCGAGGUCACAGGUACUGCAACCGCAGAUGAAGCAAAUGUUGAAAAUUAUGGAAUUACUCCCCAGAAUGAGCAGACGAUUGACAAUAAUGACGGGGCAGAAAAUGACGUCAGAGAUGAGACUGCAAUGGCUACCGAUCGCGAAGAGACGUUAUCACAAGGGAAAUCGGCGGUUACAUACCUGGAAAACAAGACUGGAGAUGAUCAGACUGGACAAGAAAAUGAGUCCCUGGAAGAUUCAAAUGGCAAUAUUUAGAUUUGUGGCCAUAAAUAUCUCAUCACUCAUCCCAGUGUUCGAUUUCGAACAAUGGUAUAGAUAAGCAAGCGUCCUCUUGGCGUUUUGGGGAUCUGCGAAGACUCGGCCGAUCCGAUCCCAAACGGUUUUGGUAUCCCCGAUGUUCGAGCCCAUCAAUGUUGUUUACAUCUUGGCAUGUGCUAGGAAUGGUGUUCACGCACAUUUCUCGACUGGAUGAUGAUAUGGCAAAUGAAUAUGGGGAACGGAACGUGUAUGGAGAAGGAGGCUUUUCCACCGGGAUUCUAUGUCCUGUCACAAAGAUAUGUGACAGGCACGACCUUCUAUACCAUGCCGAUUUACCGGCGGUGAACGUCAUCCUAAAGUCUCCUUUCAGGACGGACAAACACACAACGCCAGUAGAUCGACAUGCCUCCUAGCUGUCCACUCCAGGGUUUUUUGUAGGCAAUGUGGAACAUUCGAAAUGCUACACCGGACCGUCUGUCUGGAGACACUUCGUGUAUUGUUUUGUCCUCUGAUGUGACAGAGAUAACUUAGUGUGUGUCAUCAUGACUGCUGGAUAAUUACAAUCUCUAUCAACGACACCCUCGGGACUGCAAAAUACUGUCGAGGAAGAAAAGCUUUCCUCGUUAUCGUUGUCAUAUUCACAAGUUUGGGUCAUCCUAUUUCUACAUGCCGAUCUACCGACGGUGAGCGUACAUCCAAUCUUCAGGAAAGGUGUGGACUGGGAUUGUCGUUCACCGCCGGUAAGUUGGGAUGAAAUCUUAUGUCCCAGGUAGACAUAAGAUGGUAGCCUGCUCACAGAGGUGCCUCCGAAAAGAAGCUACAAUGCAAUUUUGUACAUAAUUAUCAUAGGCAAAUAAAUAAAGCUGGUU